ACACAACCCCUUCCGCAGUGUUUCCGAAGACAGGAAGCAGAUUCACCCUGUUGAGUAAAGAGCAUGCAGCUCACACAGCAGCAAUAAGUGGAAGAUACUUUAAUUUAUAACCAUUGUAUAUUUAUUCUAACCUGUGAAUCAUGAACAAGCGGAAACUGAGUUUAAAGUGGUUCGGGAGCCUCACCAACCUCUCGAUCCGCCGCUCGUCAGAAAAAGUCAAAAACAAGUCGAUCCCAGAGCACGAUGGGAGCCUCGUCGCUACCAAACCGGCACCGGUUCAGGACCAGUCUGUGGACGACAUGGAGUCCUGCCUGCACAGCCCCAGCUACGCACACUCCAGCGACAUGUACACACACGUGGGCACCAUGCCACGGAGCGAGAGGCAGAAGAAGAGCCUCAAGGGGCCGAAGGAGAUGAAAAUGAAAGAAGAAGAGGAGGAGGAGGGGGAGAUGGUGGAGGAGGAGGAGGAGAGCAAGGGUUGGAAGGGGGAGCAUGUCCGAAACUCUCCUCUGCUCAGUGCUUUGUCCAGCUCGAGCCUGAGCAGUCUGGAUCGGCCGUCGCCUGUUUCUGUUUCUGCUCGGCCGCUUCCAGCCACACCGACGCUCCACCGAGCUUCACCUUUGACCUCGCCGCCCGACAUCAUCGACCCUUCUUCAGCGGGAAGCCUCAUGAAGAGCCGAGAGGAGCCGCCGAGGAGCAGGGACGCGCCGGUAGCAGAGAGAGAUAUAUCCAAACAGGAUGUGUACGUGCCGAUGGACCCGAUAGCGGAGACGGGGCGCAGACACGUGGACGAGAACCAAACAGGAGUCACGUGUUCACAGGAAACCACGAAGCCUCUGAGCGGCUCACAGGAAGUGGGGAGCAGUCGUCUGGAUUCGACAGACAGCAGCGGAGAAUAUGUGAAGUUUUCCAAGGAGAAGUUCUGGUUGGAGCCGCCGUCGGACAAACUGAGGAAGCAGCUGGAGGAGGAGCUGAAGCUGAGCGGCACAAACCUGAGGAGCCACGCCUGGUACCACGGACGCAUCCCAUGGGAGGUUUCGGAGAGUCUGGUGGUGAACCACGGUGACUUCCUCAUCAGAGACUCUCAGUCCAGUCAGGGCGACUUUGUCCUCACCAGCCACUGGGAACAGAAAACCCUCCACUUCCUCGUCAAGAAGACGGUGCUGCAGUCCAGCGAGACGUACACCCGGGUCCAGUACAGCCUCGAGGAGGAAGCCUUCGACACCAUUCCGGCCCUUGUUCACUUCUACGCCGGCAGCAAAGCGGCUCUGACCCGGUGGAGCGGGGCGCAGAUUCAACGGCCGGUCAACAGGACGUUACCGCUGAGCUACCUGGAGACGGCGUUCUACACCGCCGUCAGCCCGCCGCCCUGCCAUGGAGGGCCGACGGGUGGAGAGCAGAGGGUCUGUCCCAGAAGUCCUUCCUCUCUCCGCCACAAGGAGGCAGAUGUUAACAGAGAAAAGGAAGACCGGCCUGCACUCACAGUCGGAGAAUCAUCUCUCUCCACUCCGUACAACAACACCCCACAUUCCAGAAGCCCUUGCAGUAGCCGGGCAGCCAGCAUUACCUCUUCCCCACCCCUCACCAGGCACUCAGAUGCAGCUCGACCCCUGCCUUCCCCCAACAGCUCCCUCCACAGAUCCCUAACCCAGGAGUCUCCGUCCCCUAAUACAGAUGGAAGCUGUUACACAGAGCUCUACCCCGGCCCUCAGAGCUACGUGGAGAGGCUGCGGGUGGAGGAAGGGUCGGCAGGUGUCGACCAGCUGAGGGUGGAGGACGGGAACGUGUACUUCUCUCCAGUGGUGGAGACGGUGUCUUCCUUCGGGCCCAGCAGGUACCAGUCGACGCUUAUGCCCAAGGAGAAUAAACCCCUGGAUGUGAUCAUCCUACGGAGAGUGAAAGAACUUCUGGCCGAGGUCGACCCCAAGACGGCGGCCAAACACAUCACCAAGGCUGACUGCAUGGUGGCCAGGAUUCUGGAGGUGAGUCCGGAGGUGCAAAGGACGAUGGGUGUCAGCUCAGGGAUGGAGCUGCUCACCCUCCCACAUGGCCAACAGCUCAGACUGGACCUGCUGGAGAGGUUUCAAACCAUGGCGAUCAUGUUGGCUGUGGAUGUGUUGGGCUGCACGGGGACAACGGAGGAGCGAGCCAGUCUGCUGCAUAAAAUCAUCCAGAUCGCUGCUGAGCUCAAGAGCAACAUGGGCAACAUGUUUGGCUUCGCUGCUGUCAUGAGAGCUUUGGAGCUGCCGCAGGUGUCCCGUCUGGAGCAGACCUGGACGGCGCUACGCCAGCGACACACAGAGGGCGCCAUUCUCUACGAGAAGACUCUGAGGCCAUUUAUGAAGAGCUUGAACGACGGGAAAGAGAGCUGCCCGCUGUCCAGCACCACCUUCCCUCAUGUCCUCCCCCUCCUGUCUCUGCUGGAGAAGAGCGUGGCGGUGGGCGAGGGGUCGGAGCCGUGGGAGACGGUGGAAGCCGGCGUGGAUGUGGUCAUGUUCCACCUGGGGGCGGCGAGGACCAUCGCAAAGCUGGGGGGCAUCUACCACUCCAACGCUGAGAGCAAACUGCAAGGUUUCCAGGAGCAGGCCGAGGUCUUCGAGCUGUUCCUCACCGACUUCCAGAUGAGGCUGCUGUGGGGGAGCAGGGGAGCGCAGGAGGUCCAGGCUCUCAGAUUCUCAAAGUUCAACCAGGUGCUGACGGCUUUGUCCAACAAGCUGGAGCCGCCCGUCAGACCGCGCUGACCCCAGAACCUGUUUCCACUGUUUAUUCAGAGUCCAGGUCGGCGGAGCUUCUUCCCACAUGCUCACUGAGUAUCAGAUAUUCUUCUGUUGGACACUGAGCAGCUCUUCCUAGCAGAUUGGGAUUCAGGGAUUUGCUCAAUUAUAAUUAAUCAUUAUAAAGGAGAGCAAGAUGAUGUUUGCACUCCAGUCUGCAAGUCUGGAAGGCACAGAGUCGUUCUUCAGCAGGACGGAUGUUGGUCCAUCGUAUCCUAAUGUUAACGUUUAACUUCUAACAGCAGCAUCUUUUGGAAGCUGAGGAUAGUUUCUAGAAGAAGUCAUUAGGUUCAGGGCGGUGUAUGAAGAGGAGGAGCACUGUGGAGGGAGGGACGGAGAAGCUGCAGAAUAUACAACGUUAGAGAUUUCCAGCUGCUGCUUUGGUAAACAUCUGGACCAUAGUUUGUCAGUUUGUUCUCAUUCACCACUCUGUGUGCUUAACUGAGGGCUUGUUUCAAAGCACCAGAGUCAGAGUCAGAGCAUGUUAUCCUGCCAGCAUCUUUUACAUGUUAAAGAGUUCAACAGAGAACCAAAAGAUAUCAGUGAAAUGGACCGUAGAUACCGAACAGUCACAUGUUCUGUUGCAGGAAGAGUGAAAUGUAUUAAAGGCUGGGCCUCAGCGCCGUAACUCAUUUUUAGUUUAAUGUAAUGUAUAGAAACGUGUUUUUAUGUCUCUCUGAAGGCUGGACCUUCCUGAAAAAACUGUAUAAACUGUAACUGUCUUAUUGUAAAACACAAUAACAGCAGAGAAUAAUAACAUGGUAUCUACAUUUAUAUAUGUGAUAUAUGCAAAAUUCAAAUUUAAAAAAUGUACAUUUAGUAUUUUUGUUGGUUUUAUAUCAUUUGAAAUUACAUUUGCACCUUUUUUUAACCAAAAGUAAGACUGAAUGCUCCUGAAAAUGUCAAAUGGUGUAACCACAAAAGAAUGAUACAUAUUACAUAUUUUAUCCACCUAGAGAGAAAGAAAGAAAGAAAGAAAGAAAGAAAGAAAGAAAGAAAGAAAGAAAGAAAGAAAGAAAGAAAGAAAUAAAGAAAUAAAGAAAGAGAAGUAACCACAGUAGAAUGAUACAUAUUACAUGUUUUAUCACCUACAGUGUAUUUAAGUGGACUUAUACUAAUAAUGAUUCAUUUAAAACAUGUAAA